UGUGAUCCCAACGGGAAAUGUGAAUGCCUUGAUGGAUUUGCUGGGGAGUUUUGUCUUCGAAAAUGUGAUGAAGGCAAAUUUGGUGCAAAUUGUAAAUUCGAAUGUAACUGUAAAAAUGGAGCCACCUGUGAUGCCGUCAACGGUCGAUGUAUCUGUGCAGCUGGAUUCACUGGACCUACCUGCGAUGACCGUUGCCCACUAGGUUUCUUCGGCAAGAACUGUUCGAAACUAUGCGAUUGUCUGAACAACAACAAAUGCGACUCGGUGACAGGAAAAUGUCUUUGUGUUGGGUGGAUGGGAGAGAAAUGCGAACGAGGAUGUCCGAGAGGCUAUUAUGGACCGAUGUGUUCCAAGAAAUGUGAGCUUUGUAAUGGCAUCUCAUGGACGGAUUCAAAUGCAGCAUGCGAUCCCGUGACUGGUGCCUGCAAAUGCGAACGAGGAUAUAAAGGUCCCGACUGUAAACAACGAGUUUGCGACGAGGAUAUGUAUGGACAAGACUGCUCAAAACAAUGCACAUGCAUCAUGGAGAAUACCGAAUCAUGUGCUCCAGACACCGGCUAUUGCCGAUGUAAACCUGGUUUUGCUGGAGAUUCAUGCGAACGCGUUUGUUCUAAACUAUUCUGGGGUCGAGACUGUGCGAACAAAUGCGAAUGCGACUACAACGUGACGUCGGAGUGUGAGCCAACAAGCGGUAGAUGCGUUUGUUUGCCAGGUCGAACGGGAGCAAAGUGCGCCGACGAUUGCCCGGACGGUCAUUUCGGUUUGGACUGCGCCUUCAAGUGCCAAUGUGGGGAGAAUGGUAUUUGCAACAAAAAGGAUGGAUCCUGCAAAUGCCGUAAUGGUAUGUGCCACUGA